AUGUUUCGUGCUGGUGGCAAGAGACUCCUUCACCCCUCUUUACUGGUGCUUUUGGGUAUCACUGUGUUGCAAAUGUGGGUGUGUUGGCACUCAUGCCAAGUUGGAGCCAUUCGUGUGUUCCCAUCUAAUGCAAUGGCCAAACUGAAAUUCAGCCAUGUCAGUGAAAAGGAUGAGAAGGUCAAGGAGGAUCCGUCGCAUAAGCACUUCAGUGGAAGCACUUUUGGCCUUAUAAGCAAUGCAACCCAAAAGGGAUUUGGUGAAGACAAGCGAAGAGUGCCCAGUUGCCCGGAUCCUCUCCACAAUUAA